GUUUGCGAGCGGGAAGGCGGCGGCGGCUGCUGCUACCCGAGCCCGCGGGCGAGGUUUUCAAGAUGUCGGGCCAGAGAAAAUGCCCUGAUUGUGGCUCCUCUGAAAUUGUGGAGGAUGCACAUUAUGCUCAGAACCAACUGGUGUGUGCUGACUGUGGGUUUAUCCUCACUGAGGGGCUCUUGACAACCACUUUCCAAGAUGAAGAACAUUUACAAGAAGUGACAUAUUCACGGAGUACCGGCCAGAAUGAGCAGCUGAGCCGCUGUAAGCUACGAGGGAUCAAGCGUGUCCAGGAUCUCUGCAAAGUCCUCUAUCUUCCAGCUGUGUUUGAAGACACAGCCCUGUCCUAUUUCCAGCGAGCAAUUGAACACCCCUCCUUCCACUUAGUCAGCUUGGAGAAGAAGGAGAUUCUGGUAGGCUGCUGUGUCUUUGUGACCUGCCGGCAGCACAACUGGCCCCUGACCAUGGGUACUAUCUGCUCCCUGCUCUACGCAGACAAGGAGUUGUUUGCCAGCGUCUACCUGUGCGUCCUGAAAGAGCUUGAACUGGAUGUACCAGCCCUGAGCCUGACGGAUCUGGUGAAAACACACCUUAACAGUUUCAAGCUGUUCCAGAGUUCAGCCAGCGUCCCUGCCAAAUUUGCUGAGGACAAGGAAAAGAUGGUUGCCCGAACAAUCCAGAUUGUGGAGCUGGCCAGUGAGACGUGGCUGGUGACAGGCCGGCAUCCCAUUCCCAUUGUCACUGCUGCGGCCUACCUUGCGUGGCAGUCGCUGCAGCCCGUGGGGCGCCUGACGUGCACCUUCCCUCGCUUCUGUAAGCUGGCAGGUACAGACCUACCUCCACCGGCCCACCUGAGGCUGAAGGAGCUCAACGACAUCCUCUUGAGAAUGGCCUCCCAGCUGGCCUGGCUGCGCGUGCUCAACGUGGACAAAAAGACUGUGGUCAAACACAUCGGGGACCUGCUCCAGCACCGACACUUCCUGCUGAGAAGCUCCUUUAGCUCAGGAGACACUGAGGAUCAAAGUGCCACAGCAGCGGGCGAUGGCUCUAAAUGCAGCAGCGUACGGAGGCCUUUGCUGCCACCGUGCCUUAUAAACCCCAGGAAGAGACUUCGAACAGCAGCCCUGAGCCCUUCGGACCAGGCUAUCACUGGAGACGAGGCCAUUUCAGACAGCGAAAUAGAGCAAUACCUGCGGAGCCAGGAGGAGAUGCAGGAGUUCAGCAAGGCCCAGGCCUGGCACUGAAUUGAGCUCCCAAGAGCAACACGGACAAAGGCACUAAGAACUAGCCACCUGAAGCAAAGGUAUGAAUUCUCCAGCACAGCUGUCUGUGGCACUGCUAGCGGACAUGCUUCCCACUGGAGAAAUAGGAUAAUGGGGCCUCUUAAGCGUUCCAUGCUGCGGGGAGGAAUUGUAAGUAAAUGACAAUAUGCUCUCCUAGUUCUGCUGGGGCAGAAAAUUAAAAUACCAGAAUGACUUCCUAACAGAGACUUUCCUAGGGAAACUGUUUAGUUUGUUAGAAAUAAUCAUCACGGCUGCCAGAAAUGCCUUCAGGACGUUCUCUUACCAAUUUACAGUUAGUCAUUUUGUUGAAAUCCAGAUGUUCUCCAGCAUUGUCCUGGUGCAGCCCUUACAAGCGAGUCUAACUUGUCUGUGUACUGAUCGAAGGCGGCGGCAGUAGCAUGGGUAAGUAAUUCUAUUGUGCCUGUCAAUAGAAACAUGAUCUGUGUGGUUUUGGUUAGGACUAAUUGCUUUGCAUUUCCUGCCCUAAAUUGUAGGAUUAUUUGGAUGAGGAGGGCCCUUGAAUAGGUCAGCCAGUUCAUUUCUCAGGGCUGCUCAGUGCACACACGCCUUCUAUUAAUUAUUAUAGAACAAUAUCAGGGUUAUGCAUUUACCUUUGGAGAUCUGGAGGAGAAAGAGGGUACUUUUUUCCUGUCUAAAAGGAGUAACACUUGGUGAAAGCUCAGUGUUCCAACCUUGCUGUUUGGCACUUGGUUCAUUUGAGUUCCUUCCCAUGAAGUGUGACCCUGCUAUGUUGUUUCACUAGAGCUCAGCUGCAUUGUUUGUGAUCUAGUAGAACUGCCACUUUCAUUUGCUGUUAAGGCUUUUUUCAAAAUGUAGUGCCUGUUUCCCUCGGUGAGCAAUAUGAACGCCCUGUGUUUUAGACCACGUGUGGGCAUCACGCUACAAGAUCAGUCUUGGGGCCACUACCACGGGGACAGAUAGUGGUUGGGUUGGAUUGGAUAUCAGAGACAUCCCUAAUAAUACUGUUGGGAAGCUAGUGUUGCCCUCUGCCUAGUAAGGAAAACAGUUCUGACCUUGGCUGUUAAAUUUGUUAUGUGAAGCUGCUGGAAUUUUGAAUCCUUUCUUUGUACGAUUAUGGCACCAUUUGUUGAUAUCUAAAUACAGCCAAAUUCAAUAAAAGAAAUGACCUUGCUGUG